AUGGAAUUAAUUGGAAAGGCUAAUAAAGAAGAAGUUCAUAUGGUAUGGAGUGAUUCACCUAUAAUUCAGUUCAAAGACAUCGAACUACCAGACUUCUCCAUGGUCAACUACAGCACAUCGGACAACUUAACGCUGUACGCAGCCGGCUAUUGGGAUGAGCUCACUGUUACGUUUGUUUUUCGACGACGUUAUGGAUGGUAUUUACUUCAGGGCUACAUUCCAACGUAUAUGACCAUUUUCAUCUCUUGGAUCCCAUUUUAUCUUGGUCCAAAGGCUAUUCCUGCCCGAACAAUGAUUGGAGUGAAUGCCCUACUUGCGAUGACGUUUCAUGGAAUUUCCUUCGUCUUCGCAUCUCUUGUUGAAUUGGCGACAAUCGGUUAUAUGACAAGAAAUGAAGGAAGGCCUACUAGCCUGAGUGGAUCUUCUGGAAGAAGGUAG